AUGCUCAAGCAGAAAGCGGACAGGGAUUUCGGCAAGCGAAAGCAUUCAAUUGGCGCCGCAAAGGUUGGAGAUGCCCUAGGGCGCAGCAGGAUGCAAAAGCAUAAGCGGACAUGGCCCAUUCCUUCGGUCAGCUCCGCCGAUGAAGGCAAUAGCGCAAGGGCCUCUUCGGAAGAGGACUUCCACUUUCAGCUCCAGACUCUACAGGACAUGUUCACCAGUACACGCCCAGUCGCCACCCUAUAUCUCAGGGGCGAAGAGCUGGAUGACUCAGACCUCCACCCUGUACUGUUUCCCGGUGAUGCCUGCCCCAUGACAAGAUUGAAAGAUUGUAAUAGGCCAAACUGGCAAGCCAGGCCCCAGGAGUGUGCGACACUCAGUCGCAGGCUCCAUAAUAUUUCCCCUCAACCGACCCGCUUGGAACUGGCGAUGCGUCUCGCAAGGGCUCUAAGGCACUUCUGGGGGGCCAAAAUAUCAUCAGGCGAUGUCCAUGCUGCAACUUACGCUAAAGGAAUUGGACCACCGAAUCGCAGCCAAGUGGGGUCUCGGCCCAUCCAAGAUAAGGUUCUGCGGACCCUCCACUCCAUUCAUAAGGGCUUUGAAGUAGAGAUGGUACGGAAGUUGGGGGAUGGCCAGGAUAUGACCCUAGAGGUUGACGAAGUCAUCAAGCAACCCGCGGGAGUAAAUCGGGAGUGGGAGAUGGCUGCCAAUUUGAUUGACAAUGCCCCUAAGCCUGCAAUGAACAGACCACCGAGCGGAUUUGUUCUUCGACUCGCUGGUUAA